AUGGAGGUCCAAUGGCACUCUAAUUCGAGUGUGAAUGUGACGUAUCGGAAGCCAGUGUUUACGUGGUUGGUUCGGCGUACAGCGAUAUGUGUGAACCUGAUCAGUAUUUGUGUGUUGGCGGGUUCUAUGAUCUCACUGUUGGUUGGAGAGACGACGUGGCGGCGACGACGUGGUAUUUUGUCGGAAUUUGGAAUUGGUGGUUCAGGUAAUGGGAAGGCGGUAGUAGAGGAGAAUGUGUUGCGAAUGUGGGUGGCGAUUUUGUUGAGUUGGAUGUGGUGGUUAUUUACGUGGACACAGAUCCCGAUGGUUACCAGAGAGACGUUGACGGUGACUCGUGGUUUGGGUAUUCAAGUAAGUCGUUAUUUCGAGGACCGGAAGAUAUUUGUUAAAUUUGUGCCUUCUGAGGAGUUGGAUGAGUGUUGUGUGGUUGAGUCUUUCCAGAACCUGCGGAUCAUCUCAACACUUAACUUCCUUCUCAAAGACCGAACCAAGGAUACCAUUGUACCUUUCAAGCACACACUACCACGCGAAGAAGAUCUUUGGGUUAUGCUUGAACUGAUCGACGACCUUCUUUUCGACGGCCGUUAUGCGGGCAACCGGCAAACCACUGAUAGAGACCCCAAGCUCACCCAUUUUAUCGGCGACCCCGAGGACGAUGACGAAAGUCGCGAACUGCUCCUAGUCAGACCACCGACCAGCUCGCCACCUUCCCCUCCGGACGCGGAAAGAAAUCCUUACCGCGAGACGCAAGUAGCCAAUCGCAGAAUGUUCAAGCUCGACUCAUGA